AUAUAAAGAAUUUUACAUCCCAAUACAAGCAAUUCCAUAUUGUCUUCAGUGCAAUCAACAAGUACAAUCCAAAAUGAAAGUAUUUAUCGCCAUCGCUGCUUUAGUAGCUGUAUGCAUUGCUGCCCCUCCAGAUGCUACAGUCCUGAAAAAUGAACUUGAAAACAUUGGUGUCGAUGGAUACACAUUUGACGUCGAGACCAGCGACGGUUUGAAACGCACUGAACAGGGAGUUCUCAACAACAUCGGGACAGACAAAGAGAGCCUGAAGGUCACAGGAAGCAUCAAGUGGGUGGAUCUUGACGGAACACCAUAUUCACUUGAUUUUGUUGCUGAUGAAAAUGGAUUCCAACCCACUGGAGCUCACCUUCCCCACUAAUAUUUA